GCACCAUGAACAACAAAUUUAUGUGUGACUUCACUUCCUAUGGACUCUGCUCUUCAUCGUGUGAAUUUGCUGUUAAGGUGGUUGAAUUGGGACAGUUGGCUGGUAUGAAUUUGCUGUUAAGAUGGGUUCUCUUAGAACCAAUUGAUGAACUACAAUUCUAAGAAGCAGAAACAGAACCAGAGGACAACUGAAACAAACUCAGAAAGCAGCAACACGCAGUGAUAAAGAGGCAAGGAUCCAGAAUGUACCAGGUUGGGUUAUGAGAUGGGGCCCUGAGAACACAUAUAAAUACCAAGAGAAUAUAAGCAAGCAAUGUCCAGCAAGCUGGUAUGAUCUAGGCUCUCCGACACACUCCACCUAGGGAAAUCACUCUUAUAGAAGUAUAAAAUAGGACACUUUACUUAAGUUAUACUUCUCAUACAGUUACACAUGAGGGAGAACAAAAAAAAAAAAAAAAAAAAAAAGAGCCGUCAAACUCAUACAUCUACACGCCAUAAACAAAUUUCUGAUGUGAAAAUUCUGCUGUGACAUUGAUAUAAACUCAUUCAACAAUUACACAUUGAAAUUAAAAAUGAAAACCAUGCACUAUUUCUAACAAAUAGUUCCUUUUCCUGUUAGCUCGGUUGAGUAACAAACCGUACAAGCAGAGUCAAGCUAAUUAAUUUUUAUGUGGAGCAGAUGCCAAGCAGUAUUUUAUCUUUCACAAUAAGUGCUUCCCAGAACACAAGCUACCAUGAAAUGUCAUUGCCACAACUGAUGCCAAAUCUGCUUUGCUUGGCACUGACUAUUGUUUUCAUCACAUUCCUGUACAGGUUUUCAGUUCCUUGCCUCACCUCUGUAAAUGCUGAGCAUUUUUAAUAAUGUCCCUUUCAGUCUUAUUUCAUAAAAAUUUUCAAUUAACCUCUCCCUUCUAAAAAUGUAUUGCUGUUCAUAUUCCACGUCUAAAACUACGGGAGGAUGAUAUUUUUUUAUUUUUUAUUUUUUUGGGUAAAAUGUUGCAUAAAUAGGUGCUGCUACCUGAAUCUUGUCUAUGCUACUACUGUAGUUAAACUCCGGUUUUCUAUAGGGAAUUGCAGAUUAUGCUGAUCCAAGCUUGCCACUCAGAUCCCUUAGCAAAGUCUUGGAGCUUAAUACAUUAAAGAUGAUGUCUCAAAUUAUUUCCUGAAUAUUGAAGAAUUCACACCAGCCUUUUAUUUUAUUAACAGGGUCUUCUUUUGCAUUAGAAUUGAUGAACAAAUUAUCGACAAGUAAUAUAUUGGGCAUCUCAAAGAAGGAUUUUGUUCAUUAUUGAAUUUUGAUCAAUUUGUCUUUCCAAGUAGUAGACAAGUCUUAUCUUAUCCAUGGAUUUUGCUUUUGCAGCAAUGGUUGUGGCAUCUAAAAGCAAGAAAUUGGUGAAUGCAGCUCAGCAGCUAGUUGCUUCUAAUCAUCUAAGAAUCAGCACUUCAAAUUAUUGUAUUAUAUAAGCUAAACUCUGUAACUAAUGCAUAUAAUUUGCUUGUAAAUGCCAAAGCUAGCCAUCAUAAUUUUGUCUUCAAUCUCGUUGAAACAUGGCUUCUAUAGGCUGUAAUGCCUAAAAUAGUUUGUGUAAGAUUAAGUGGACUGGCUCAGCUUGUAAUUUCUGAUUACUCCAGUGAUGUAAUAGGGUGGAAAUUGCAGGUGACAGGUGCACUAAAAAAUGUGCUCACAGUAGCUGCAGGAAUUGUGAAAGGCAUGAAUCAGUAAAUUACACAAUUAUCCAAAAACAGUAAAUAACUUAUUCUGCUUCUUGCCUUGGUGCAGGAAUUGUGAAAGGCAUGAAUCAGUAAAUUACACAAUUAUCCAAAAACAGUAUAUAACUUAUUCUGCUUCUUGCCUUGGUAUCCAUUUUGUUUGUGUGUGAUUUGCUUUGUAAUAAAUUAUUUCCCACAUGCCUUUUUCAUAUGCUUCUCCUUUAGUGCUCUUGGCAUGAUUCAGGUUGCUUGUUGCAAAUAAUUCAUCUGUUUUCAUCAAUUGUUCUCUACUCACAACUUUUCCCUUCAACUUUAUCUCCUAAAAAUGGGUGCAAAGCCAACAAUAAUUGGUCUAUCAGGAGUCAGAGACAUUAUGCUUAACUGUUUUGUGAAUCUUUCCAGAAGUAUCAGAGUUGGGAUCAGUUUUGGAUUGGAGGAGAAGCUUGAUGAUAUACUAAGUUCCAUAAAUCAGGUAGCUGAAGGCGUAAAUGAUCACAAUGAGCAGGUAGCUGAAGGCAUAUCAACAGCUGGAGUUGUGGUCGCAUUGGCCGAGAAGUAUAACACGAAGAUGCCAGUUUUAACAGCAGCUGCUUGUAUUAUUGACAGCGAAAUGACAACAAAGAAGGCUGUUGUUGAGUUGAUGCGCUUUCCUCAGGCUGAAGAAGUGUGAGUUGGAGUAGGCUCUGCCAAAGACCAAGUGCUGGUUGAUAAAGUGAAAGCAUAGGUUGAUCAAGACUUGUAUUUUGUGAUGUCCAGUUGCCUUAAGAACUACCUAAGAAUGGUGGUAACACCUGAUCAACGACAGCUCAACAAAGACCAGCAGAGCGCAAGUUGGCUAUGAUGGUUUGUAGAGUCGGUUUUAAAACCCGGUUGGGUUAACUGACCUUUGUAAACUAUCAAUAGUGUUAGAUCUUCAUGUUCUUGUAUCUCUGAUUGUAUUGAGAGAACUCCAGGUGAGGAGUUGCAUCUGAGUCCUGUGGGUAAACUCCAUAGAGUGUUUAAGACUUCAGAGAGAGUCUGAGCGAAAAUAGAGAAUCCAGUUGAGAGUCCAACUGAGAGAAGUUUUCUGUACUUCCGCAGAGUAAUUCGAAUUUCAUUGCUUUCUUCUCAUAUUUCUUCUCUAUGGUGGUCAGAGAACCACAACAUAUUUGUAAAGAUUUCACAGGCAUUCACAAUUCUUUUUCUGUUUUUGUAUUGUGCUGUCUCCGUGGAACUUGGAAGUGGAAAGCAAUUUCGGAAGUCAUGGAUUA